AUGAGAAGAACGGAUAUUCAGACGGUGCAGCCGUUAGCCGAGUCUGAGUCGCGAGAAGCCAUUGAGACCAUUUUGAUUAAGCUUCCAGCUGAUGGUAGGCCCCUUUGGGGCGACCCCUGGGUGCAGCAGAAGCAGGAAAUGGAGCCAGUGAGCUUUGACGAUGUGGCUGUGAAGUUUACCCUAGGAGAGUGGGUUCUGUUGGAUUCUUGUCAAAGGGAGCUCUACAGAGAUGUGAUGAUGGAAACAUGUAUGAACCUGAUCUCCAUAGAGGAAGAAAAUAUUGAUGUGGACUGUCAAGAACUCCAGAGAAACCUGAGAAUUCAGGUCAUUGAGCGAUUCUGUGACUAUGAACACAGUAGCGAAUGUGCAAAGACCCACCAACAGAUACACAAGAAUGUUGUUAACGCACACGGUCAUCCUGCAAUCAUAGUUCAUGAAAGCAGCAUCUAUGCAAAAGACAUCAAUGAUCACUCAUCCUCCCAUAUGAUCAUUCAAAGUCAAACUGAAGAGAAACCAUAUGUGUGUCGGGAACAUGUGGAGAAGGCUAUUAAACAGGAGUCGAGUCAGGAAGAUUUUCUUUCUUCUGAGUCCUUUCAAACACUUGAGAGUGCUCCUGCUAGAGAGAACAUAUGUGAAAGGAAGCAAUCUAAUGAAUCUUUUAGUAAUCCCAGUUCUCAUCAAGAUUAUGGGGGAACUUGCACUGGAGAUGAGCAACGUGAAUGUAAGCAAUUUGAGAAGACCUUGAAGGAAAAGAGUUGUGUUCAAAUAUUGGAAAAGAUCCAUACUGGAGAAAAACCAUUGGCGUGUAAGAAAUGUGGUGAAACCUUCAUUCAUUCCAGUCACUUGACAAGACAUCAGAGAAUUCACUCAAGAGAGAAAACUUACUCUUGUAGACAUUGUGGUGAAACGUUCAUGUAUUCCCUGGCCCGUCAAAAUCAUGAAAAAACUCACAAAAAAGAGCAACAUUAUAUAUGUAAACAUUGUGGGAAAGCAUGUAUUCAUGCUUACCAUCUUCUCCAGCAUGAAAGACGCCACACUCGCGAGAAACGUUAUGCAUGUAAUCAAUGUGGCAAAGCAUUCAGACGAUCCUCAAACCUUCACAAACAUGAAAGAAUUCACAACAGAGAGAAACUCUAUGCAUGUAAACAAUGUGGAAAAUCCUUCAUCAGUGCGGGCAACUGUUACAACCAUGAAAGAAUUCACACUGCAGAGAAAACCUAUGUUUGCCAAGAGUGUGGGAAAGCAUUUAUGUUUUCCUCAUACCUUCAAAAACAUGAAAGAAUUCACACUGGAGAGAAACCCUAUACAUGUAAAUAUUGUGGAAAAACCUUCACCCAUUCCAGUGCUAAUUACAGGCAUGAGAAAACACACACUAAAGAGAAGCCAUAUGUAUGUGUGGAGUGUGGGCAAGCAUUCCCUUUUUCCACAUCCCUCCAAAUACAUGAAAGAACUCACACUACUAGAGAGAAAUUCUACAAGUGUAAUCCAUGUGGGAAAGAGUUUGUGUAUUUCUCAUACCUUCAAAGACAUGAAAGAUCUCACAGUGAAAAGAAACCCAGUGGGUAGAGCUUAUACUUGUGUAAACAAUGUGUAACAAUAAUCAACCUGCUUUUUAAAAUAUUUAUCAUUUACUUAUUUGUUUGUUUAUUUGCAUGAAGUGUUGGGUAAGAAUACAGCAAUGCUCUGGUGUAAAUUUUAUUUAUUUGUUUACUUAUUUAUUUAUUUGCAUGAAGUGUUGGACAAGAAUACACCAAUGCUCUGGUGUAAAUUUUAUUUAUUUGUUUACUUAUUUAUCUAUUUGCAUGAAGUGUUGGACAAGGAUUCACCAAUGCUCUGGUGUAAAUCUGGAGCUCAGCAGAUAACUUGCUGGAAUCAGUUCUCUUUCCAUUGUGUGAAUCCCAGGGAUGGAGCUCAGGUCCUCAAGCUUGGCAACAAGUUCCUUUCCCUUCUAAGCUACCCCACCAGCCUCUGUCUUGCUUUUCUUGUGAGUGAGGUUUCUUAUGUAAGUUUCACAUUUUGUACUUUCCUGUGUAUACUUUCUCCAAAAACAAAUGGAGAGAUGUGUUGAUGGAGGAUUCUGUCCCGCCCGGGCUGGCAGCCGUUAGGUCCAAGAGAAUCACACAGAGGCCUACAUUAAUUACAAACUGAUUGGCCUAUUAGCUCAGGCUUCUUAUUAACUCUUAUAACUUAUAUUAGCCAAUAAUUCUUGUCUG